AUGUCGAAUGUUGCGUUUCGAAUAUAGAGGCGGUAGCGACACCGCGUUUCGAGAGGAGCCGCCAGAACGCGCUCUUACCGGAGAAACGCCGGUACAUUCUGAAUCCUGUGCCGGAAUAAAGGAGGGAACGCAGAUGUCGCCACCAGACAGCUAGCGAAACAUAAGUGUUAACCACUACUCUCGCUAGAAGAUUGACACGACGAAGGAGAAAGAAGCCCGCCACUCCACGCGCCGUUUCACGAGGCUCGCGUACGCUGCUCGACUCCUGCCAAGACUAGCAAGCAAGCAAGCUGCUCGACUCGCCAGAACACCUUAUCUUAGACCACAGCAGGCGGCCGUCCUCCAACUGCGGGCGCCGCUCUUCCUGAAGCCCGGCCUUUGAGCCCGUUUCACGGCAGCCCGAAGGCUGACGGCGACUGCGAGGAGACUGCGGGAGCGAGUGCCAACGGAGGAGCGAGGCCUAGGGCGAAGGCCGAGCUGUUGCCGCCAUGACGCGAGAGGAGGAUCCAUCCAACAAGGAAGCAGCCCCGCCCAAGACUACCCGGGCGAAGCGGAAGCUGGCUGCUGCCGACGAUGGCGGUAGUCAACCUCAAGAGGCCACCACCGUCAAGCGGCCGCGUGCAAGGCCUACCAAUAAGGACCCGUCUCCACCAACGUCGAGGUCCCGGUCUCUGGAGCCGGCAACGCCGAAAGCCAUCGGUACCACGGCUUCUGCCAAGGCAAGAAAGGCCUCAGAUGAACCGGCACCAGACGCCUACGUGUACGUUCCGUCCACCAGCAAGGGACUUUCACAGAAGGCGCAGAAGGUGACCCGCAAGACGCCAUCACGGAGCUCCUCCCCGAGCGAUGCCACCUCUGCCACCAUGACGCACGAGGAGCCAGCCAAGAAGGAAGCGGCCCUGCCCAAUAUGACCCGGGCGAAGCGAAAGCUGGCUGCUGCCGACGAUAGCGGUAGUCAACCUCAAGAGGCCACCACCAUCAAGCUGCCGCGUGCAAGGCCUACCAAUAAGGACCCGUCUCCACCAACGACGAGGUCCCGGUCUCUGAAGCCGGCAACGCCGAAAGCCAUCGGUACCACGGCUUCUGCCAAGGCAAGAAAGGCCUCAGAUGAACCGGCACCAGACGCCUACGUGUACGUUCCGUCCACCAGCAAGGGACUUUCACAGAAGGCGCAGAAGGUGACCCGCAAGACGCCAUCACGGAGCUCCUCCCCGAGCGAUGCCACCUCUGCCACCAUGACGCACGAGGAGCCAGCCAAGAAGGAAGCGGCCCUGCCCAAUAUGACCCGGGCGAAGCGAAAGCUGGCUGCUGCCGACGAUAGCGGUAGUCAACCUCAAGAGGCCACCACCAUCAAGCUGCCGCGUGCAAGGCCUACCAAUAAGGACCCGUCUCCACCAACGACGAGGUCCCGGUCUCUGAAGCCGGCAACGCCGAAAGCCAUCGGUACCACGGCUUCUGCCAAGGCAAGAAAGGCCUCAGAUGAACCGGCACCAGACGCCUACGUGUACGUUCCGUCCACCAGCAAGGGACUUUCACAGAAGGCGCAGAAGGUGACCCGCAAGACGCCAUCACGGAGCUCCUCCCCGAGCGAUGCCACCUCUGCCACCAUGACGCACGAGGAGCCAGCCAAGAAGGAAGCGGCCCUGCCCAAUAUGACCCGGGCGAAGCGAAAGCUGGCUGCUGCCGACGAUGGCGGUAGUCAACCUCAAGAGGCCACCACCGUCAAGCGGCCGCGUGCAAGGCCUACCAAUAAGGACCCGUCUCCACCAACGUCGAGGUUCCGGUCUCUGGAGCCGGCAACGCCGAAAGCCAUCGCCACCAUGGCUUCUGUCAAGGCAAGAAAGGCCUCAGAUGAACCGGCACCAGACGCCGAUGCCAGUGUUCCGUCCACCAGCGAAGAACUUUCACGGAAGCCGCAGAGGGUGAGCCGCAAGACGCAAUCACGGAGCUCCUCCCCGAGCGAUGCCAUUUCCGCCGCGGCCAAGACUACCAUGCGUGGACAGCGCUCGCGAGGUCACUCCAAUGGCAGCAGCAGUCACCAGGCCAAGAGGGGAAGGAACCGUGGCAGAAUCUAGCCACUCGCCCCGCAGCGGCCGCGGUGGCCGCAAGCACAAAGGCAGCCGCCGAGGAACAUCCACCAUCGACUCGGAGAGCAGCCACGGAAGAAAGGGGGGAUGAAGCAAGAGCCGGAGCAGCACGUUUGCAGCGAGCACGAGCGCCAAGGAUCGAAAAAAAAGGCGGCGCCACGCCCGUAGAAGUCAUUCGUCGCCGAGCAGUAGAUGUAGGCGAGUCAAAUCGAUGACGAUUGAAUUUCGAAGAUUGAAUUUGAAUUGAAUUUUGAUGACGAAUUUAAAACAUUUAAGACGAUUGAAGUUUAAAGAGACUGAAUUUUGAAUACGAAUUUCGAAGUUUCCAAGAAAACGACAGGGAAGAAAUCGUGGUCUGCGCGUCAGGGAAACCAUCCAAACAAAUUCUGCUUUCAAGGACCUUUACUGUUGUUCAAUUAUUUUCUGCAUAA